CAGGUUAAAUAAUUGCUCAAAAAUGGCUCAAAGUGCUUCUCUUUUAACACGUAUAAUGGCUACAUCUACAUUGGCUGCAGCACGUGCAGGAAAAAUAAUUCGUGAUGUUAUGGAUCAAGGAAAAUUGAAAAUUGUAGAAAAGGGUAAAAAUGAUUUACAAACUGAAGCUGAUCGUUGCGCACAGAAAUGUAUUAUAACUUCCUUAAGUCGAUUAUUUCCAAACAUCACUAUUAUUGGAGAAGAAGAACCAAAUAAUAGUGAAAUACCACCUGAUUGGAUUGUUACUGAUGUAGAUGAAGAUAUGUUGAAAUUAAAAUUACCAUCACAUCUUGAGAACAUAGAUCCAAAAGAUAUAUGUGUUUGGGUAGAUCCAUUAGAUGGAACAUCUGAAUAUACACAAGGACUUGUAGAACAUGUCACAGUAUUGGUAGGAGUGGCGAUUAAAGAGAAAGCAGUUGGAGGUGUGAUCCAUCAACCAUAUUAUAAGGAUAAAAUAAAAGGUGAAUUGGGUCGUACAUUAUGGGGAAUUGAUGGAGUAGGAUAUGGUGGAUUUGAACAAAGUGCACCUCCCUCUGGAAAAAGAUUCAUUACAACAACACGUUCACACUCGAAUACAAAUGUUCAAGCUGCUAUAAAUGCUUUGAAACCAGAUGAAGUUAUUCGUGUGGGUGGUGCAGGUUAUAAAGUAAUUCUUCUUUUGGAAGGGAAAGCACAUGCUUAUGUAUUUGCUAGUCAAGGUUGUAAGAAAUGGGAUACAUGCGCACCUGAAGCAGUGUUGCAUGCAUGUGGGGGAACUUUAACUGAUUUCUAUGGAGAAAAAUAUGCGUAUCAUCCAGAAACAAUAUAUCCAAAUUUAAGAGGUGUUUUAGCUACUGCUCCUGCCGAAAAACAUCAAUGGUAUUUAAAUCAAAUACCAGAAGAAGUCAAAGAAAAUUUAGAAAAACGCAAGUAAUUCAUUUUAUUAUUGUAUAU